UGUGUCAAAGUAAUCGUUGAGUCUGAAAACAAUUUCUGCGAACUUUCUAAGAUAGAACUAAAAUUUAAUUAAAAAUUUUGAUUUUUUUAUGAAAGACAUCUUUUUUCCCUGUUUCAAGUGUGAUACGGUUAAUCCAACAUCAAAAAAGUAAAGAAGUGUAUCGACUUUCUCAGCAAGAAAAAGAGUGUUAGAAAUUUGUGUGAGACGUCGUUUUAAUACUUUUAAUUCAAUCAUCGAUUUUUACAUCAAUCUUUGCCUGCUAACACUUGCAUUAAUAUAUUUAUCUGAUCUCAACAAACCGAAAAAUGGAUAUAAAUAUAAUACGCUGGACUGUAAUUUUUUAUACAUUUAUAUACACGGGACUAGGGUUAUUAGUGAAUUACAUGGAAUCCUAUUUAUCUCCUAUAUUAAUUCGCCUUUAUCGCUAUGGAAAAUUUAGUGCAAACACUAAUCAGUCCAUAAUAUCAAAAAUCGAAAUGCCAAAAAAAUGGUUUGGACACUGUUAUAUUCUUACUGGACCGCUGUUUACUACUUUGUUGUAUUUUGCAUUAAAUAGAUAUUUCUUUAGUCAAAAUAUUCCCGAAAGUCUGCUUUCAUUAUUAGAUAUAUUCCUUGGAACAUCAAGGAAACCCUUAGUUUCAGCAGAAAAUACAAUUCUGGCUACUGUUUUGCUUGCCAUCCAUGGAUAUAAAAGAGCAUAUGAAACAUAUUACGUUUGUGUCUACAGUGAUAAAAAAAUAAAUAUACUAUAUUAUGUAAUUAUAUAUUUGCAUUAUGCGACAACUUCGUUAUCUAUAAUAGGGGAAUCUGAAUUAUUUGUUAGAGGUUCGCAUGUAGGUUUGCUUUCACACAAAUUAACAAUUAUGGAAUUAAUGUGUGCAUUGAUAUUUUUGCUAUCGACAUAUCUACAACUUAGAACUAAUGUUAUUUUUGCGGGAUUACGUAAGAAUCAGCAUGGUGAUAUUGUAACCAAAGAGCACAAGAUAGCAUUUGGAGAAUUAUUUAAUUAUAUAUCAAAUCCAUUGCAAUUAACAGAAAUAAUUCUGUAUCUAACGUUGUCCGUAAUUCUUUGGCCAGCUUCUACGUUCCAUUACAUUACAAUAUUCGUUGUAUUAAAUCAGAUUGAAACUGCAUACUUAUCUCACCAAUGGUAUCAAAACACUUUUAAAAAUUAUCCAAAAGAGAGGAAAAUUUUAAUUCCUUUUAUCUGGUAACUUGAUGAACAUGACAAAUAAAUCAAUUGAACAUUAACUUAGUCCUAAUACAAAAAAAAUCAAAUAUUGGCGUUGAUAUAUAGUCAGCGAGCAAAACGUAUUUUUAACACAUAGUUUCUUGCAUAAGUUUUUUGAACUUAUGUUAACUUUAUUAAAA